AUGGCGCUAGCUCGCGAUGGAAAGAUUGAACUUACUGAUGCGACUGCAAGCUCUAACCAAAUCUCAUGUGGAAUGUUUGCACCAUUACUCGAGGAGGAUGGUGAGAAGGAUGUGGGCAAGCAAUGUAAACGCUCGCUUCCCUUUAUUGUGAAACAUACUGGGGGGCAACACUCAAAGCCGCCACAAGUUGAUUCGGUCUACGAGAGGGAUUGGGUGCUCGUUACCCGUAGAAAGCAAAGGAAUGAUGUUGGGCCUGUUAGGCCAUUGAAGAUAAUGACGAAGCGAUGGAUUAAGAAAAAGCCAGCAAGAGAACUCGUUUUUGACGUGAAGAAGAAGGGGCAUCCCAACAAGCCGCGAACACUAGUUACCCUGGCUCAAUACAGGCCAAAGGUGUUUCAUCAACAUGGGACAGAUAUUCUUGGGGCUAGCUUGAAUACUAAGGAAAAGCAUGUUGAAGUUGGAGAAUGUUCGUUCCCUAUGGUCGAAGGAAGCGACGAGAUCCAAGUCCACAAGGCUACAUCUUUCACCACCGAGAUAACUUUCAAAGAUGAAGAUCUAUUACUGGGUGGAACCCCUCACAAUCGCCCAUUGUUCGUUGAAGGUUAUGCUCGUGAGCAAAAGAUUAAAAGAAUUUUGAUUGAUCAAGGAUCGUCCGUGAAUAUUCUAUCACGCCGAGCUGUGAAAGAACUUGGUAUUUCAAUUGAUGAGCUCUCGCAAAGCCGCUUGAUGAUCCAAGGAUUUAAUCAAGGCGGGCAAAGAGCCCUCUGUAUUAUUAGACUCGAUCUCAGGAUCGGAUCUUUGAGUUCAAGUACUUUGUGUUAUGUGAUAGAUGCAAGAACAUCCUACAAUAUGUUGUUGGGUCGACCUUGGAUACAUGAAAAUGGAGUAGUUCCUUCAUCAUGGCAUCAAUGCUUAAUGUUUGAGAAAGGCGGUGUGAUAGAGAAGGUCGUCGGCGAUGAAAUCCCAUUCACCGAGGCAGAGUCAUACUUUGCAGAUGCGAAAUUUUACUUAAAGAAACAAGUUGUUGAAGAUGACGUUGAUAAGAGUAGUAAUGAUACACCUCCCGAUCCGAAAUGGAAGGGCUUCGACCCCAAGGAACCACAGAAAUUGGGUAGGCUCAUCCCAGAAGCCGGUGGUAGAGGCAAGUCAAACCAGCAGGAGCCACAUGCACGUAAGGGAUUAGGCUAUGUUCCCCCAAAACCGGUGCGAAUCUUUAUUAACAGAGCCACAAGUAAUUGCAUCACCUCUGCUGAUGAGGAAGAAGGUGAUAAAAGGCAAUCUGUUUUUGAUAGAAUUGGCAAGGCAGAAUCAAGACAAUCCGUCUUCAAUAGACUUGGGUCGGGGCCUAGACCCGCUAAGAGAAAGUCGGUACAUGACAGAAUUGGACCUACUCAAGUUCCAAAGAAAUCCACCAGCUCACCUACUGAAAUAGAGCCAUCAAAAAGGCUUAGGAGCACAGUUCCAUCUCGUAUGAGACGAGAAAAUGAUAUUCAGGUUUCAUGUGGUGAAAAUUUGAAGGUUCAGCCAAAGACCAUCGUACAUACUCGAGUGCAAAAUGCAAAAGAGGGUAACAUUGAUAUAAUUUGUGAGGUGACGUCAAGUCAAUACGAGCUGGCAUCAUCAUUUCAUAUCACAUUAUGUGAUGAGACCCCGAUUGAGGGGGAAGAUGCAGAAGAAGCACCCCAUGAGUUAGAGGAAGGGGUACGAGCCGCAAUAGAUGAAUUAAAGGAGGUUGAUCUAGGAACCCCUGAGAAUCCUCGGCCUAUCUUCAUCAGCACACUCCUUUUUAAUGAAGAUGAAAAAAUCUAUGUCGAACUUUUGAAAGAGUACAUCGAUGUCUUCACAUGGACGUACAAAGAGAUGCCAGGCAUUGUGCCUGUGCGCAAGAAAAACGGCCAAAUCCGUGUAUGCGUUGACUUCCGAGAUCUUAAUGUUGCAUGCCCGCAAGAUGAUUUCCCACUUCCCAUCACGGAGUUAUUGAUAGAUGCCGUGACUAGGCACGAGAUCAUGUCAUUCAUGGAUGGCUCCUCUGGUUACAAUCAGAUUCGCAUGGCGCCGGAAGAUGAGGAGUUGACAGCGUUCCGAACGCCUAAUGGCAUCUACUGCUACAAAGUGAUGCCCUUUGGUUUGAAAAAUGCAGGUGCUACAUACCAAAGGGCUAUGUAG